CGUGGCGAACGCAGUCUCGUGCGCUGACGUUUCAAUCAGUGACAGCUGACGCGACGACAGAUUAAGAAAUCAUCAGCUCAAUAAAUAUUAAUAUAUUUAAAGCGCAUACAGAUAAUCGACGCGGACGCAAAGACAUGUUUUCAUGAAUUUUAACGUGAAUUGGAACUGAGUGUGUUAGUUUUUACGGACGAUUCAGUGAUGGCUUUCGAAGACCGGUGCAGUCCGAACCAGGCGAACAGCCCAGGCCCAGUGGCAGGGAGAGUGCCGCCUCCUCACCCCGAGAAUCCGAUGAACUACUGCCCGCCCAGCCAGUAUACUUGCACGACGAUUGAGUCAAGGUACGAGAGAGGAUCCCCCAAUAUGACCAUUGUGAAGGUACAACCUACGUCACCACCCCCCAGUCCGGAACAAAACCAAAGUGAAGAAAAUUACCAAAAUUAUUACAGACCUGAGAGUCCGGACGUCAAGCCUCGCAUUGCGGACGACAGAUUCGACCCGGAGCGAAUGCGCGCCCAACAACAAACCACUCCCAUAGCCUUUUCUAUAACAAAUAUCCUUCAUCCUGAAUUUGGGUUGACAGCUAUAAGAAAAACCAGCAAGAUCGAAGGCCCAAAACCCGUUGGACCCAACCACAGUAUUUUGUACAAACCGUACGAUUUAUCGAAAGCGCAAACUGAUUAUCAGAAGUACAGUUUCGAUUAUUUAAAAUCAAAAGAGAGCGAGUUCAACCCCCUGCCUCCUUUGGGGGGUUUGAGGCAGACUGUCUCUCAAAUCGGGGAGGUGCAGAAAGAAAAGGAGAUACCAAAGAUAGUGGAGCCGCAGAAGAGGCCAGAUUCUGCGAGUUCGAUCGUUUCUUCGACAUCGAGCGGGGCACCGUCGACUUGUGGGAGCACUGACACCAACAACCAGGGCUCCAACGCGACCCUAUGGCCGGCGUGGGUGUAUUGCACCAGAUACAGUGACCGACCUAGUUCUGGUCCAAGAAGUAGAAGGACAAAGAAGAAACCUAGCACAGAAGAGAAGAGGCCCAGAACUGCGUUCAGUGCUGCACAACUCGCGAGGCUAAAGCACGAGUUCGUCGAGAACCGCUACCUGACCGAACGCAGACGCCAAGCCCUCGCCGCAGAACUUGGUCUAGCUGAAGCCCAAAUCAAGAUCUGGUUCCAGAACAAAAGAGCAAAGAUCAAGAAGGCUACAGGCCAGAGGAAUCCCCUGGCUUUGCAGCUGAUGGCUCAGGGACUAUACAACCACAGGACGGCGACUGAAAGCGACGAGGAAGAAGAGAUUAAUGUCACUUAAGGAUUUUUAUGGCUGAGGGAAGAUUGGAUUUAAGACGAAGCAUACUUAUCAGUCCGGAAUCGUAACCGUAUCAACUCGAGGCGGUCAGUAUUCUUUGUAUGAAACGCACCGUAAUGUAGGUACCUAAACGCCUCGUCAAAGGUUGAUAAGUGUGCUAUGUCCUUUAGAAAGGACUGGGAUGUGUUAAGUUUGGCAUAUUGCAAGGGUUUGAAUUUAUUGAAGGUUGGGGCUUUAAGUAUUGUCAUCAACAAAGGUUACAGUAUUUAGGACGUGGAAUUUUUAUUUUAUUUUUAAAUAAUUGUGAUGAGAAGGGACAUUUUUGGGGUGAGGAUUUUAAAAUAAAUCACCAGUGAUUUCU